CAAAUUAUUCAUCCAAGUUAUGGUUCCUUCCAUCACUAUUUGUUUUUGCUCAUAUCACUAUAUCACUUAUCCAAUCCAUUAAUGAUGUUCCUUGAGAAUGGGAUCCAUUUUAUACUUUUCUUGGCUACUGUAUCUUCUCUCUCUAUAACCACCAACCGCCAGCGGAAGAAAAACAGCAGCCCAUAGCCUUCACCCGAUGCUUCUUAUCUGCCGCCGAGAUAUGCACUCAGAUCUGUAGUGAGAGAACACCGGGAGAUCUAAACCGAGAAAAUCGUUCAGUGUUGAGAGAGAAAAUGAGGGAGCCAGUGACCGCCGACACUACCGCCGACACUACCGCCGCGGUAUCUCCCCCGCCUCAAGCCCUGCUGGAGAGGCUCAAAGACUAUGGCCAAGAAGACGCAUUUGCCCUCUGGGAUGAGCUCUCCGCCGACGAGCGCGACCUUCUCGUCAAGGAUAUUGAGAAUAUAGAUCUCCCCAGGAUUGAUAGGAUUAUACAGUGCUCUUUCCGCUUUCAAGGGCUUCCCGCAUCAGCAAUAGAGCCAGUGCCAGAAAGCUGUGUGUCCAGUGUGGAGGAACGAACAAUGGAAGAUAAAGAUAGAUGGUGGAAUAUGGGCAUGAAGGCUAUUGCUGAAGGAAAACUAGCUGUGUUGCUCCUGUCUGGUGGGCAGGGAACUCGACUUGGAAGUUCAGAUCCAAAAGGAUGUUUCAAUAUCGGACUUCCUUCUGGAAAAUCACUUUUCCAGAUUCAAGCUGAGCGAAUUUUGCGUGUCCAGAGAUUAGCAGCUAGAUCAGCAAACGAAGGUGCUGGCAUUGUUCCAAUUCAUUGGUACAUUAUGACUAGUCCAUUCACAGAUGAACCCACACGCAAUUUUUUUGAAUAUCAUAAAUAUUUUGGCCUCAGUGCAGAUCAAGUCACGUUCUUCAAACAGGGAACAAUCCCAUGUGUCUCAAAGGAUGGAAGAUUUAUAAUGGAGACUCCAUAUAGAGUAGCUAAGUCCCCUGAUGGAAAUGGAGGAGUGUAUACUGCAUUGAAGUAUGAGAAAUUAUUGGAAGACAUGGCAACAAGAGGAAUAAAAUAUAUAGAUUGUUAUGGAGUUGACAAUGCUUUGGUCAGAGUUGCUGAUCCAACCUUUUUGGGUUAUUUUAUUGAUAAGGGUGUGUCUGCUGCUGCAAAAGUUGUAAAAAAGGCAUACCCACAAGAAAAGGUUGGUGUUUUUGUGCGGCGAGGUAAGGGUGGGCCCCUCUCUGUGGUUGAAUAUACUGAAUUGGAUCCAGAGUUAUCAAGUGCAACCAACCAGGCAACUGGGCGUCUUCGUUUUUGUUGGAGUAAUAUCUGCUUGCAUAUGUUUACUUUGGAUUUCCUGAAUGAAGUAGCAAAUGGCCUUGAGAAGGACAGCAUCUAUCAUCUUGCCGAGAAAAUAAUACCUUCAAUCCAUGGCCAUACAAUGGGCUAUAAACUAGAGCAGUUCAUAUUUGAUGCAUUUCCUUAUACUCCUUCAACAGCACUUUUUGAGGUGCUUAGAGAAGAAGAAUUUGCUCCGGUGAAAAAUGCAAAUGGGACUAACUUCGACACUCCAGAUAGUGCGAGGCUGCUCAUUCUACGCCUCCACACUCGUUGGGUGGUAGCGGCUGGAGGCUUCUUAACACAUUCAGUGCCUUUAUAUGCAACAGGGGUGGAAGUUUCACCACUUUGUUCAUAUGCUGGAGAAAACUUGGAAGCUAUUUGCCGUGGAAGGACAUUCCAUGCUCCUUGUGAGAUCUCAACUUAGUUUUGGAUCUUAACCACAUUUUGAACUAAGCAGUUUUUGACAUUCAUUCACUUUUUAUCAUUUUAUUACAUUCAUGUUUGUAUGAGCGGUUGUAUUUUUUGAUGAUUAGAGUCAAAAUACCUUAGAUCAGUUUUUAUAUAAUGAAAAUAUAAACUCCUGGAAAUAAAUUGGAAAUACAAAAAUGUAUUUUG